CGUCUACAAAAGUCAUGAAUGAACAACAAAACGAACUCAGCUUAGUCUAAAUCGUCAACUCAUCUUCUCUCUGCAACUUCAUUGAUUGAUUUUCCUCUUCACUCAAACAAUCUACCUCCAUAGAUCUUUCUCUCAAAUUCUCAAUCCCUUUCAGUUCCAUCUUCAACAACUGUUUCUUCAAUCCCCCACAUUCUCCAUUGUCAUCCAUUGAUUGUUUAACUUUACAAAAUGAGCAAAGUUUCCAUUCUCAUUUACAUUACAGUAUCCAUUCUUCUUCUCCUUCUCGUUUCUCACUCCCCUAAUAAAACCCCUAAUCACCGCCAUCGCCGCCUCAAGCUUCGCUCCAAUUUCACUUUUGCCCCUUCCCACCACCAUCACGAACCUGUGCCGUUUGACCCUCUUGUCGCUGACAUUGAGCGCCGCCGUGAAGACCGGCAAUGGGAGAAGCAAUAUGUAGAACAACAUUAUCCGAAGAUGGCGGCGCGUUUGAUGGAACCGGCACCUGGCGAAGAAUCGCAACCCGAGUGGGAGGAUUUCGCGGAUGCUGAGGAUUAUCUUAAUGAUGAUAAUAGGUUUAAUGUGACUGAUCGGCUCACGUUGCUGUUCCCGAAGAUUGAUGUUCACCCAGUUGAUGGAUUUGUCACUGUGGAUGAAUUGACUGAAUGGAAUUUGCAGCAGGCUCAGAGGGAAACUUUGCAUAGGACUCAAAGGGAGUUGGAGACACAUGAUAAGAAUCAUGAUGGGGUUGUUUCGUUUUCAGAGUACGAGCCUCCCAGUUGGGUUCGCAAUUCAGAUAAUAAUUCCUUUGGCUACGAUAUGGGUUGGUGGAAAUUUGAACAUUUUAACGCGUCAGAUGUGGAUGGAGAUGGCCUUUUGAAUUUGACCGAGUUCAACGACUUUCUGCACCCAGCUGACAGCAAAAAUCCAAAGCUACUUCAUUGGCUAUGUGAGGAAGAAAUACGGGAGAGAGAUUCAGACAAGGAUGGAAAGAUUAACUUCAACGAGUUUUUCCAUGGACUUUUUGACAUGGUGAGAAAUUAUGAUGAGAAUCACAAUUCUUCACAUCAUUCUGAAGAAUCCAGAGACGGCCUUGCUAGAAACUUGUUUGCGGUGCUAGAUAAAGAUAAUGACGGUCACCUGUCUGAUGAAGAGCUGUUACCUAUAAUUGGAAAAAUCCACCCAUCAGAGCAUUACUACGCAAAACAACAAGCAGAAUAUAUCAUACAGCAGGCGGAUGCAGAUAAAGAUGGACGCCUCACCUUGACAGAAAUGAUCGAUCAUCCUUACGUAUUUUACAGUGCCAUUUUCAACGAAGACGACGAGGAUGAUUAUGAUUUCCACGACGAGUUUCGUUAAGUUCGUUCAAGAAUUGUAGAAUAGUUGUUAGGUUAGCAGUAGAAGAAAACCGAGUUUUUUGCAACAUGGGAUCAGGAUACAGAGUUUGAAGUCCUAGGCAACAACUUUGAGGAGAGCUCUAACAUGGUGGUCAGAACUGGUUUAAUCUUCUUCAGCCAUGGCUUGCCCAUAUUGUAUCCUCUUUUUGUAGAAUAUAAAACCCUCAUCUUGUCUAAGAUAACAAUGAUUUCACACCUUAGAUCAUAGACAUUUAUUUAAUUUGGUUGCAAAUAUUUAUUAAGUUUGGUGUCCUUGGUAUAGAAUUAUCAUAUUGUUAUUUGUUACUAAUUUAUUUUUCCUGGAUAAAAAAUUAUCAAUUAUUAUUCAAUGUUAUAUUUAUCUUUUGAAGUA